AUGAGACCCCUGCCGCUGCUGUUAGUGAUUCCUGGCAUUGCACUGUCUGCGAGGAUCCUGGGCAUCAACCCCUCGGCGUCCAUCAGCCACCAGAAGCCGUUCCUCAUCAUCAUGCGGGCUCUCGCAGAGAGGGGGCACCAGGUGACCGCCAUCACCACCAACCCGAUAGAGGAUCCGCCAAAAAAUUUGACUCAAAUUGAUAUGCCAUUUACAUAUCCGAGAGAAGGCCAAUUGAUGGACGUUAAGGAAAUGAUGCUGAAUGUAUUAAAAUCUCCUCCAGAAAAACUAGCUGAGAUGCUGCUUCCUUACAACGAAAUGUUGCAGGAGCAGAAGCUCGAUUUGGUCAUCAUGGAGACUGUGACUGUGUUCUGCUAUUUUGGAUUUGUUCACCAACUGGGCUCGCCACCGGUUGUCGGCUUCCUCUCGUCUGGUGUCCCUGGCACUCUGAGUUACGCCAUGGGAGACUACGUGAACCCAGCAUACAUGGCGGAUGUCAUGACGUCCUACAGUGACCAUAUGACAUUCUGGCAGAGGCUGCAGAACACGCUUUCCUUCCUCAGCUACCAAGAGAACAUGAAGCAGUUCUCAGCAGUAUUCCGUGAGCACCAGGAGACGUCCGUGGAUCGUGCUGUGUGGUGGGUGGAGUACGUGAUCCGCCACCAGGGGGCCCCUCACCUGCGCAGCGCAACCCGGAACCUGAGAUGGUGGCAGCUGCUGCUGCUCGAUGUCAUAGCCUUCAUACUGGCUUCCACGUUUGUCGCCGUAUUUCUGCUCUACGAAGUGGUCCACUGGCUCUUAAUUGCACAGAAGCAUCCACAGAAGCAGAAGACCAAUUGA